CAGUAGUGUAAGCAAUUAAUGGCUCUCGUGCUCGGCUUUCCAGCUCCGGCCUCUCUUCCCACCGGCGCCGCCGCAAGUCCAUGUUAUUCCCAGAGGGGGAGCCGCCGCCAUGGCCGACCAAUGAUUCACCAGAGCUCUCAGUUUCAGUACUGCAGAGCUGCCAUUCUCAGCAGCCAAACUCAUCAUGAUCAGAAGACGAUAGAGAGGCGAUCCGCCAACUACCAGCCCCCCAUUUGGGACCGUCACUAUUUGCAGUCACUGAGCAGUGAAUAUACGGGAGAUGGGUACGGGAAGCGGUCGGCGGAACUGAAAGAGGCUGUGAGGAGAAUGAUGACGGAGAAGACGGAGGAUCCAUUGGAGAAGCUGGAGUUGAUAGACGCAGUGCAGAGGCUUGGAGUGUCUUACCAUUUUCGGGAUGAGAUUAGAAGCACGCUUGAGUUGAUGACGAUGAACAACGAUGGUGGUCUCAUUGUAAGCGAUUGGUCCAGCAAAGGGGAUCUGUACGCUGCUGCCCUCCAUUUCAGGCUCUUGCGCCAGCACCAGCUUAAGGUCCCUCAAGAGAUUUUCCUAAACUUCAAGGACAAGUCCGGGAAGUUCAAGGAGUCGUUGGGUGGGGACACCAAGGGACUUCUUUCCUUGUAUGAGGCCUCCUUCCUUUCAUUGGAUGGUGAAAGUAUAUUGGAAGAGGCAAGACAAUUCUCAACUAAGCAUCUCAAAGAAUACUUGAUGAUUAACAGAAGCCCGGAUGAUGAUGAUGAUGAGAAUCAUGAGAUGCUGCUGCUAGUAGCUCAUGCUUUGGAGCUUCCAUUACAUUGGACCAUGCCUAGGGUGGAGGCAAGGUGGUUCAUUGAUGCAUAUGAGAGGAGACCAAACAAGAAUGCCAUCUUGCUUGAGUUUGCCAAACUAGAUUUCAAUAUGCUGCAAGCUAUUCACCAAGAAGACCUAAAACAUGCUUCCAGGUGGUGGGAAGACAUGAGGUGGAGAGAAAGGCUACCCUUCGGAAGGGACAGGAUAGUGGAGAAUUAUUUGUGGUCUGUGGGACAGAUUCAUGAGCCUCAAUUCCAAUACUACAGAAGAAUGUCCACAAGGAUAAGUCAACUCACAACUUCCCUUGAUGAUGUUUAUGACAUUUAUGGAACAUUGGACGAGCUCGAGCUCCUCACAAAUGCAGUUGAAAGUUGGGAUGUCAAUGCAGUGGAACAAUUUCCAGAUUAUAUGAAGAUAUGCUUCCUCGGUAUCUACAAUUGUGUUAAUGAAAUAGCUUACGACACUCUUAAGGAAUAUGGUAUUCACAUCCUCCCAUAUCUUAAAAAGAAGUGGCAAGAUUUAUGUCAAAGUUACAUGAAGGAGGCAAGAUGGUCUGACAUUGACUACAUACCAACGCUUAAGGAGUAUCUAAACAAUGCUUGGAUUACAGUAGCCAGUCCUAUAAUUAUCUUUCAUGGUUUGUUUUUAAGUGCAAAUUCCUUGACUGAGAACGAGUUGCAAUGCAUGGAGACAUACCCAGAUAUAAUCAAGUGGCCGGCGAUCGUUACAAGGCUAGUGAAUGAUUUGGUAACAUCAUCGGAUGAGAUGGAAAGAGGCGAUGUGCCUAAAUCAAUCCAAAUAUACAUGCAUGAAACCGGAGCUUCUAUAGAGGAUGCUCGCGAGCAUGUCAAGCAAUUGAUUCGUGAAGCAUGGAUCAAGAUCAACGAAGCUCGAGUUGCAAAUUCACCUUUCAAUCGAACUUUUGUUGACUUGGCGACAAACCUUGCUAGGGUUGCCCAUUUCAUCUACCAACACGGAGAUGGGCAUGGACAUGAUAUUGGAGACGAGAACAAAGAUCGCAUGAUUUCAUUGUUAAUUAAUCCCAUUCCCCUCGCAUCUAAGUACCAUCAGAAGUGAAUCAUCGUGCAAUUGAUUAGAAUGGAAAUUAAGCGUAUGUACAACUAGUAUUGGAAGACUCAAGUGUCGAGCCAAUUUCAUAUUUUCAUAUAGUUGUUAAAUUUUGAUGAGUAACAAAAACUCAUAUCGCUCAUAUAAAAUGAUGUCCACAAAUUAUCUUAUAAAUUAUUUUAUAUUGCAAAAA